AUGGGUCUCUUCCUCCGCAAGAAGAGUUCCAAGGCAUCCCUCAAAGCCGCAAAGGAUGAACGGCGCGGCGGCACUCCGCCUCCCCAGCUACCCCCGCUCCCCGACCAUAUCCGGCGCGCAGAGGCCGACGCCGCCGCCGCCGCCGCAGCAACAACAGCAAAGGCUCAACAGACCAACAAGACGCGUCGCCGUUCCCGUUCCCUUUGGGCAGACAGUGACGAGGCAAAGGCAGCAGCACCAUUCUCCUCUGCAGGCGACCUGGCGUCCCAGCCAUGGAGGAGUCACGACGCGUGGAUGGCGUUCCAAAAGCCUGCUGCACCACAGUCCGUUAUCGAUGAACUCGUCUUUCCAUGCUCGCCAGCCGCUCAGCCCGGUUGGCGUGGGCGCGGUGGAGGCGGCCUCUUCAGCACAGAGGGUAUGCUCGACCACGAUCACAUUCGUCGUGCAGCUACACCCACUUUGCCUAGCUCGCCAAGCUCCGUUCGCCGCCUCCUCGCCUCGCCAUCCCUCUCGUCUCCCCCCUCGCGUCGGCUUGACUUUGCCUCACCCCUCGGAUUCGGUGCCCGCGAGCGCAGUGGUAGCGAGUCUCAGUCCUACAGCACUCAGGACAGCCAGGCCCAGGAGACGCUCGACAACCCAGAACUCGCUUCCACACCACCCGACAGCCUGCUCAUGACACCAAGUGCCCCACCAAGUGCCCCUGGAUCGUACCCCACCGACCCGAGUACUGGCGCGUCCCCCGACAUGCUCGUCACACCCAACUCGACGCCGUCGAACCCCUCGCCGACGCCCACCAACCUCCUCCCAGAGUUCAACUCGCCCACUCCCGCUCCCGUCCACGGCCCCGUUACCAACGACAUCGCGUUCACGCAGCGCCGUCGUUCACCCACCCGCGCACUCCCGCCACCCCCUAUCGACGACGAGAUUCCCGAGGAGGUGAUCGACUUUUCGACUGCCACAUCGCCUCUCGAGGCGCCCAUCAUGCCGUACUCUGGCUCAAAGAGCCGCUCAAACUCGGCCUCCUCGGCCCACUUCCCGUUCCCCAAUCGCACAUCCGCCGGGUCCAUGUACGUGCAGCCCCGAUCGGCUCCGUCUCCGGGACCUUACGCCUCGAACGCCAUACAAGCCCAGCCGCGUUCCGCCCCAAGCCCAGGCCCGUACGCCUCGCCAGGCAUGUCGACCUCGCCUCUUCCGGAUGCAUCAAUGCGCUUCCCGCCAGUACAGGGCUUGGUCCAUCCACGCCGCCCAAGUAUGGGCAGCAGCACCCCCAGCAUGUUACCGUACGCCCAGCCGUCUCCACAGCAGCAGCAGCAGCAGCAGCCGCCUCGGCGGCCAGCACCCAGAAGCUUUGAGCAGCGGGCAUACGAGCAGCGUCCCCCAAGCCGGAACACAUCAAACGGCAGCCGCGGGAAUCACUCCAGGCCCGCUAGCCGCACAGCCAGCUCGUCAGGCCACGGACAUUCGGGGUAUCACUCGGACGCCGCCAGUGUGCCGGUCCCGCACACGCCCGAGGGCAUCGCGCAGGCCGUCAGCAUCUGGCGGCAGAAGAGCCAGCGUCGCGACGUUGAUGCCGCCAUCGCCGCGGGCAUGGUGAGCCCACCCCCACGCAAAGAGUGGGAGAACCCCGACGUCUUCGCUCCUGCCGGAGCUUGGGAAGCUCCAGGCACCUACAACCCUUACGACGCGGCCGAGUUUGAGCCCCACUCGUUCACCGCACCUCUCCGCCUCCCAAGGGCUCCACCGAUGCAUGCGGCCCACCAAGCGCCGACAAUCAUCCGCAAACCCAGUGCUGGCCACGCGGUCAAUUCUGCGCCGAUAGGCCGCGCCCCGCGCGUCCAGCAGCAGGUUGCGCAGUCUGGCUGGAUCUAG